UUUCUUAAAGCCAAUACGAACAGCAACAACAAAUCAUCUUAUCAACUCUGCCUUCUGAGAGCACCUACUAUUUCAGAGGUAAGAGGAAACACACACUGAGAGAAGCCAGAGACACAGCGCUACGAUGGGCCUCCUUCCAGAUUUCUCCGUGGAGACUUGGGUUUUUCUAACUGCAUUUAUAAGUCUACUGAUACUAUAUGGGAUCUGGCCUUAUGGUAUCUUCAAGAAGCUCGGUAUCCCUGGACCAAGCCCCGUCCCUUUCUUUGGCACGACACUAGCCUAUCGCCACGGGUUAAUGAAGUUUGAUGAAGACUGUCAUAGAAAAUAUGGAAAAGUCUGGGGGUUUUAUGAUGGCCGAACGCCCGUGUUGGCUGUCACUGAUCCAGCCAUCAUUAAAGCAGUAUUGGUGAAAGAGUGUUAUUCCAUCUUCACCAACAGGCGGGAUUUUGGUCCAACGGGUAAACUGGAAGAUGCCGUUUCAAUAGCAAAAGAUGAGCAAUGGAAGAGGAUUCGGACCGUGCUCUCGCCAACCUUCACCAGUGGAAAGCUAAAAGAUAUGUUUCCCAUCAUUCUGAACCAUGCAAAAAGCCUAAUGAAAAAUAUUCAAGGAAAAGUGGAGAGGGACGAAAAACUGGACAUUAAAGACCUGUUUGGCGCUUACAGCAUGGAUGUCGUUACCGGCACCUCAUUCGGCGUGACCACAGACUCCAUGAACAACCCCAAAGACCCCUUUGUCAAGGAGGCGCAGAAGCUUGUGAGAUUUGAUUUGUUUUCCCCGCUCUUCGUUUUGAUGUAUGUGUUCCCAUUCGUACAACCUCUUUUGAAGAGGAUGAACGUUAGCCUCUUCCCCGCUGAUGCCGUGGAGUUCUUUGCAAGAUCUAUUGCCAAAAUCAAGGCGAAUCGAGAGAAAGGGAAAGAAGUGGGCAGAGUGGAUUUUUUGCAAUUGAUGAUAGAGUCCCAAAAAUCAAACAACACAAAUGGGAGCAACGGGGUGGAUCACUCAUAUAAAGCCUUGACAGAGAAUGAGAUUCUGGCGCAAGCGGUUAUAUUUAUAUUCGCGGGAUACGAGGCUACCAGCAACAUCCUUGGCUAUCUGGCUUAUGAACUGGCUGUCCACCCUGAUACCCAGCAAAAACUGCAGGAGGAGAUUGACUCAGUUCUGCCCAAUAAGGCUCCAGUCACCUAUGAUUCAGUCAUGCAAAUGGAAUACCUUGACAUGGCAGUGAACGAAACCCUCCGGAUGUAUCCAGUAGGUGGGCGGCUCGAAAGGGUCUGCAAGAAAGACGUGGAGAUAAAUGGCCUCACCAUUCCAAAGGGAGUUGUGGUGAUGGUUUCACCACAAGUCAUGCAUUUUGACCCAGAAUAUUGGCCCGAACCCAAAGAAUUUAGACCGGAAAGGUUCAGUUCAGAGAUGAAAGACAAAAUAAACCCGUACGUGUUCAUGCCUUUUGGAAACGGUCCCAGAAAUUGCAUCGGAAUGAGGUUUGCCCUCCUUAUAAUAAAGGUCGCUAUUGCCAGCCUGAUGCAGCAUUUCACCUUCAAGCCCUGCAAAGAAACACAGAUCCCUUUGAAGUUGAUUUCAACAGGUCUUACAAGACCCAGCAAACCUAUCAUCUUGAAAUUCGUUCCCAGAGCCACCGCUACACAGUAGCAGAGUUUCUAUCUAACAACUUUUUAAGGAACACAGUAAUACAGUUUGGUCAUUUUUGAUUCUCGACAUGAGACACCCCCUAUAUACUACAGGUUUUUGGGGAGGGGGGACUCCACAGCUGAAUUCAUGUGCUGGGCCAGUGAUUCCACCCCGAAGUCUGGCCUUGACAGCACCACCAAGGGAUUAUCUCACCUACUGCAUCUUCUGCAUGCCAGGUGGAAGUGCCAGACCUCCAAUUCCAGAUCACUUAUGGAUAAAUUAAGUAGAGCUGUCCCCAUUACCGGUCCUUGUGGAACUCCACUGCUCACUUCCCUAUGUACACUUACUUUGUCCUUCGCUCAAAAUGUGCCACAGUGUAGAGCAUGUACCACAUGGAAGUCCUUAUUCAUGAACACCUGAUUUGCACUCUAGCCUGCUUAUCAAGAAGAAUCACUCAAAUUGUGCCCCUGAGUGGACUGCACACAAUACUGUGUCUAUGUUGGCGUAAGCAUAGGGCAAAUGCCUGAUCUUCCACCAAAGGAAGGGGAUUGCCAAGCCUAUGGGUGUAUGAACAUCAGUGGAAUCUCUUAGGCUAAGAUGAUACAUGUAUGUAUGUAUCAAUUGUAAAACAAUUUCUGUUGAUCCAGCAUUAUUUUGAUUUUUUUCAAUGAAAGCAAAAUUCCUAUUUUAUUUCUCACUGUUGCCAUUGCAGGAUCUAUGGUAUAUUUAUUGGGAAGGUAGUUUGAAUGGCCUCUAAUCAUGGAAAAUCUCUGGAUAAUGCCUUCUUCCUUUUCCUCCACUAAUUUAGUUGCUGUCUCUUCAUAUCUAACAUUCUCUGCUCAAAUCUUUUCUUGUCUUUAUCAAUUACAGUAUAGAUUUAUUCCUCAGAAGCACAAAGCUGAGAAUCAGAAAAGUGCUUUGGUUUUGUAGCUUGGCUUAUUGUUUCCAAGAAGCCUUUGUAUUUUCAUUCAUACUGCAUAGUAUUAAACUUGAAAAGUAUUUUGGAA